AUUUUUUUUUUUUUUCAUUUUUCAUUUUUUUUUUUUAUUCUAGUUACCAAAUGCCUUCACCAACAGAACAAGCAUCAUCCGAAACUUUAACUACAUCAACAACAACAUCAUUACCUAUAAAAGAUGGUAUGGAAAUAUCUCAGGAAAAUGUCUCACAUGUGAACCCCGAUGAUAGUAACGAGACCACAAACCUUGAUAAUAAUAAAGUUCAAGAAGAAGAAGAACAAGAACAACAACCACAACAACAACAACAACAACAACAACCACAACAACCACAGCAGCAGGAACAGCAGCAACAGCAGCAGUCCCCGCAACAACAGCCGCAACAGCAGCAACAAGAAGAGUCCAAUACUACAAAUACUACUGCUAUCACAAAUACAAGUGCUACUACUACUACUACUACCACUAAUGUUGUCGCUAUGGAAACAUCAUCAUCACCAUCUCACAUGACCGAUGUUCCCAUUGUUAAUGAAGAUGUUAAUGCACCGACAACGACUUCUGUUGCAUCUACCGCUUCAUCGAAUGAUUCUAAUACUACUCCUCCUACGACACAAGAUACGACGCAAGAAAUAUCACAAGAUAUCUCACAAGAUACUUCAAAGGUUUCUUCUAAUAGUCCAAAAAGAAAAUAUAAUAAAAGAAUACCAAAAGAGGAUCCACCACGUAGAAGAACGAGAAAUACUUCAAAAGCUGCAAUAAAUCCUAUAUCAACUCCACAAGAAGAUGAACCUUCAAAUUUAGCAACUAGAAGACCAUCUUCCGCUUCUUCUUCAAGAAGAGGUACUACUUCCUCAAAUGUUGAACACGUUGAACGUCAACUUCCUUCAAAGGAAGGAAUAAAUCAAUCAAAUAUUUCCGAUCGUUUCGUUGAAUUUAUUAUGUAUUGCAACCCGUUAGCACCCGAAAAUUUAGAUAAAGUAGCACUUGUCAGAUCAUUUAAUGCCGUCCCAAAAUCUGAUGGUAAAGUAUUUCAAACUUGGACUCUUUAUCAACUUGUUGAUAAACAUUAUGCUGGCGAAAUUCGAACGUGGACAAAGUUGGCACAAAAAUUGGGCGUUGUACGUACCCCUGAGGCUAGUCCUCAAAAAAUUCAACAAUACGCUGUAAGAUUGAAGAAAUGGAUGGCUUCAGUACAUGUUGAUGCUUAUUUCGAUUACUUAUUAUCACGACCAAAUGAUUAUUAUCAAUUGCCACAAAGAAAUCCAACGGAUGCAAGUGACGAUGAAUCAGACGUAGUCUUAAAAUUAAUAAAGCGUGCCGGAAGUAAACGACAGAAAAGAAAAUAUACACGUAGAAACACGAAUACUUCUAAUACUUCUGCUAACGAUGAUGGAACCACAAAUCCCGAGGGAGUAUCACGAGGGAAUACUACAGAAUUGGAUGAUGAAGCUCACUUUGAAAGUGAAGAAGUUGAUGAAGGUGCUGAUAAACACCGAGGUAAGCGUGUAAGAGCCUCAUAUUCGGACGAUGGAUCAGAAGAAGAGGAUGAUAAAGAUCCAUGGAUGGAUAUAGAUGGGGAAGAAGAUGAUCAUGAACGCCCUUCAGAAUCAACUGGAACAAAUCCAAAUCCAAAUCCAAAUCCAAGUCCAAAUCCAAAUCCAAAUCCAAAUCCGAGUCAAACCCAGAAUCAAAAUCAACGUAGAAAAAGUGUAGUUCAGCCGUUAUUAUCGUCAAUACCCAUCACAGUUUGCCUUGAUCGAACCGAAAAACGGUUCAAAUAUUCCUACACCAAAUCCUUCGCCGACAACAUUACCAGUUAUGAGCCUUUCCAGUGGAAAUAUUACUGGAAACAAAAGGGACCAGUCGAAGAAAAAACAAGAACCGGUCCAGACGCUUCCCCCGGGUCAAACGGUCUUAGACUUGAGACAGCCACCAAUGGCUCCACAACCAAGUAUUCGACCGCCAAGAAAUUUUGCAAAUACCAACAUCCCAAAUGAACAACAACAACAACAAUUCACUGAUGGGAAAAACUACGCCGAGAUGCUUCUGCCUUCAGUCCUUCCAAGUAAUGAUAAAGAGACAAUUACAAUGCUUCAAAAGAAUUUGGUAAGCGCUAUUGGCAUGUUAGAGGACAGCCAACGAA